UCUCGGGCCGCGCGUCGGUCUGUUCGACAUGUUCGUUUUUGAGUUUCGCAGAACGAUUGGCGACGGGGAUCACAACCUGCAGAGCGCAAUCCCACGCACAUAGGGGACUGACUGGGGACUCGACACAAGCAUACGGGGCGCACAGCGCAGGCGCAUAUCGAAAGGCACUCAGACACACAGAGGGAAACGACAAUCAACGAAAAAACACUGGACCAAACCCCGGACUUCACCACCCCCCAUUCCCAUCCUCCCCCACCCCCACCCGCCAUCAUGACCCACACCCCCUUCCAACUCCUCCAUGCAACCCAUCUAGCCGGCCUCCGUCCCUCCCUAAUCUUCAACAACUCCCCCUCCAGGGCCGCCACCGACGCCCUCCACGCCUCCUUCAUCCUCUUCCCGGACCCGGCGCACCCGUCCCGCACGCUCAAAUUCGCCACCUCCGACCCAUCGGGGUUCAAGGACUACAAUGUGGGCACCCUGGUGCAUGCGUAUGAUUGCAAGGACCAGAGCUUUGGGGAUUACUUGAAGAUGACGGGCGGCGACGGGCGGAUGGCGUUUGUGGAUCGGAAGGAGAUGGUUGCGGUUUUGGGCGGGAAAGUGGGCGAGGGGAUGGCGGACGGGGAGAGGGGGAAUGCUGCGAAACGAUCACUGGAGGAAACGGCGGCCGGUUCGUCCACCGCGGGAGGGGCGGGAUUGGACACUGCGACGGCGCCUGGACGCAAGAAGCCGCGGAUCAGCUUGGCGCCGGAGGAGGUGGAGUUUAUACGGCGGGUGAAGGAGCGGGAAAGAGUGAUUGGGGAUGUGAGCGAUCCGAUGGUUGUUGGGGCUGGUUCUAAGGAUUUCAGCAACAUUAUUGAACUGAGCAGGAAACGGAUCGCGGAUCUGCAUCGGAAAGUCGACCCGAAGACUAAGGGUGUUGCACCGUCGUCCUCGUCUUCGUCACGACCCGACCCACGCCGUGGCGCAACAACACAAGCACGACCGACACCUCAUGCAAAGUCCUCCCGACACAAGACAUCAGACGCCCCAAUCCCAAUCAUCAUCGUCCCCUCCGCGCCAACCGCCCGCCUCACCCUCUGGAACGUAAAACAGUUCCUGGCCGACACGACCUACAUCCCCACCCAGAAAUUCAUCGACGACGGCGUGCCCAAACCCACCCAGCUCACGUUUGAACGCACGCUGAGGAGCGGGCAUCCCGGCGCGGGCGUGGCUGGGUUCCCGAGGACGUAUUUGGUGGUGGAUAAUGCGGAUGGGGUCCGCAUGGAGGAUUGGCCACGCGUCGUGGGCGCCUUUGUGACUGGGCAAACAUGGCAGUUCAGCAGAUGGAAGUACCGUGAUCCCAUGCUCCUCUUCAACAAAGUCAAGGGCUUCUGCCUCAAAUACGUCGACGAAGCACCCCCGGGCGACGUCGACAAAUGGCCCGUCACGAAACUCGACGUCAACCGCAACACACGCCAUAACGACUACACCGCCGUCAACAAGUUCUGGGAGGGCGUCGAUGCCUUGAUUUUGGGCGAGAAGAGGGGGGUGUUCUUUGAGUAGGCGGCGUCGUGGGGUGAAUAGGUGUAUGUGAAGCGAGGGAUGGCGAGAUGGAAGGGGUGGGACGGACCUGGUUGGUGUAGAUUAUGGGGCGGCAGGAUGGAUGUACCGGUGUGU